AUGGACGCCAAGGCUAAGGCGCUGUUCCGCCAGCGCGCGGCGCAGCGCGCGGCGGUGAACGCGUCUCAGGGACGACCAGCGAAGACGCAGAGGACGGGCGAUUCCACCUUCGCGCCGGGGGGAUCGUCGGUGAUGCCUCCGCCCCCGCCGCGGCCCGCGUCCGUCCCGUCGUCGUCCGCGCCGCCCGCUGGAUUCUUCGACGCGGAGACAGAGCCCAAACCGACGACGGGCGGCAAGCGCGGAAGGUCCGAAGCCCCCGCGGGCGAGGGCACCGACGUCCUCGCGAUGGUCAUGGGCGGCGGCGACGACGACGACGACGACGGCGACGACGGCGACGCGGCGGGCGCGGGCGCGGGAAACAACGCGGCCGCGCCCAAGCCUUUCGUCCUUCCCCCGCCCUCCAAGCCCGUCGCCGAUUCGCUCAAGGACCUCAAGGGCGAUUCCGCGUUGGCGUUCCUCCACCCGGACGUGCUCAAGGCUGGCGACAAACCUCCUUUCGGGUUCUUUGAAGCGGCGGCGAGGUCCGACAAGGAACGCGCCGCGACGGAGCGCGCAAAGGCGCGCACCGCGGACGAGGAGAUGGCGGCGUUCGAGGCGGAGAUCGCCGACGACGUCGAGGCGCUGGAGGAGAGGGAGCACGAGGAGGCGGAGGAACGAGCCUACGAGCGCAUCGUGGAGCUCGUCGAGGAGCAGAAGAUCGCGGACAAGCACCUGGACGAGCUCAAGGCGAAGAUGAGGGAGGUCAAGGAGCGCGCCGCGGCGGCCGCGGCGGAGGCGAAGGCGGCGAAGGAGACGGAGACGGAGGUUGGGACGGGGGAGGAGGCGCUGAGCGACAUCGACAGCGACGAGGAGAGGGAGUUUGAAGAGUUUGCCAACGACUGGCGGGGGCUCCGCACCCGUCCCUCCUCGACGCGUUAA